ACUGCAUGUUUUCYCGGCAGGUCGCUACGCCAUGCAGGCCAUGAAACAAAUGGAGCCACAGGUGAAACAGGCCCUCCAGAGUUUUCCCAAGACGGCCUUUGGAGGAGGAUACUACARAGGCGGGUUUGAACCAAAGAUGACAAAGAGAGAAGCUGCUCUCAUUUUAGGYGUCAGUCCCACAGCCAACAAGAAUAAGAUCCGAGAAKCCCAUAGAAAGCUGAUGGUCCUGAACCAUCCAGACAGAGGCGGUUCUCCGUACAUUGCCGCCAAAAUAAAUGAAGCCAAGGACCUGAUGGAUGGCCAAGCCAGGAAACAGAGCUGAAGAUCAGGACGAAAUAAAAUCAAAUUAAUUUCACGCUGCUUUUAUAUGGACUGGGUUAAGGAAGCACUUGUUUUUUUUUUCUUCUAAUUCUUCCCAAAUAAAAUAAAAUCGCAAAACAACAACUGUUUA